AUGUGUGUGGGCACCGGGACCCCUGUGCAGACUGGGACCUUCCCCAAACCCACCCUCUGGGCUGAGCCAAACUCUUUGGUUCCCUCUGGGAGCUCUGUGACCUUCUGGUGUCAGGGGGCCUUGGAGACCCAGCAGUUCCAUCUGGAUAAAACAGGAAGCUCAUCAUUCUGGGACACUAAGUUACUACUGGACCUGGGGGACAAGGCCAAGUUCUUUGUCCCCUACAUCACUUACUACUGUUACUAUAAAAGCCCAACCACCUGGUCAGAGCCCAGUAACCCCCUGGAGCUGGUGGUCACAGGCCUCUACAACAAACCAUCCCUAUCUGCCCUGUCAAGCCCUGUCCUGACCGCAGGGGAGACAUUGAAUCUCCAACACCCCAGCAAUGGUCUCAGCCCAGCGACCUGCUGCAGCUCCUGGUCUCAGGGCUGGAUUGUGACCCCAGGACAGAACAUAACCCUGCAGUGUCACUCUAAGUUCAGCUAUGACACCUUUGCCCUGUCCAAAGAAGGGAGGCAAGAUGUCCCCCAGCGCCCUGGCCACCACCCCCAAACCGGACUCUCACAGGCUGACUUCUCCCUGGGCCCUGUAAGCAGCUUCCAUGGUGGUCAGUGCCGCUGCUUUGGGGGACAAGGCCUCACCCCUCUGUGGUCAGAGCCCAGUGACCCCCUGGACAUCCUGGUGGCAGGACAGCUCAUGCCCACUCCAGCUCUCUCAGUGCAACCAGGCCCUUCAGUGUCUCCAGGAGAAAAUGUGACCCUUCUGUCUGUGUCAGGAGGCAAGAGGGACACUUUUCUGCUGCCAAGAUGCUACAGCUCCACUAGCAGAGUCCUCUAUGGGCUGUCACACCCCAGGGCCCCCCUGCAGAUCCGGGUUUCAGGCACCCCAAAGUGUCUGGACUAUCUGGGGGCAGUAGGAAACCACCAAGAGUGCCCACAGCUGAUGUGGCUGCCCUCUGCUCUGACCCCAUUGGUCAAGUCCGGAAAGAUGGCUCAGGUCACAGACACCACAGUCACCUCACAAAGUAGCAGGCAGGAUGAAGACCCCCAUGGAGCAACCUAUGCCCAGGUGAAGCGCACAGGACUCAGGCGGGGAGUGGCCUCCUCUCCCCCUGUUUCUGAAGCUCUGCUGAAGGCACAACAUGAAGGGACAAAAGAGAAGACACAGGCAGACCGGCAGGCAGCAGCACCUGAUGCCCCCUUGGAAGUGACCUCUGUGCAGCUGAAACACCUGGAUACUGCACAGGAGACCACAGCGCCCCCUUCCUCCUUGUCAGGGAAGCCCCCAGCAGAGCCCACCGUGUGCGCUUCUCUGGCUUUCCACUAG